AUGGCUUGCGCGUCCCGCAGCAAGUACAUGUUUGUCGAGUACUCGGCUCCCCCACAAAAGGUUGAGGGCCAGAAGAGACGUCGAGGAGGACCCAGUGAAGUCCGCGCUCAUAUCACAAAAGAGUUCCAUCGCAGGUCACGAUUCCAACGGUUAGGCGCUCUGAAAACGACCGUACCACUGGCUGGAUGGUUGAAAAGCGCAAGCAAUGUUGAGCGAGGCGAAGGCCUCGGCAAAGAUCAAGAAUCCAAAGAACCAAACCGCAUAGCUAUGCCGACGCAAUCGACCGACAAAGACGAGUCCCUGGAAUUGAAAGUCUCCCCCGGCCUUCGGUCAAUGUUAGUCUCGAAUAGCGAUCCAACAUGCGUCAAUGUGGUUAUAUCGGGAUAUAUGCCCAUUGGCGAUGAGGAGAAGCUUGCUGACAACGCGUCCCAGGCAUUGGCCCACACGUGGCCGCGUACUGUGCCAGCAAAAUCCAGGGCUUUGAUCAAUCCGGUGAAGAGUGCAUGGCUGAAGUGCGCCAUGGACUCUCCCGUCACAUUUCAUGCAUUCAUCUAUGCAACGACCUUACAUCUUUUGGAGGCAUAUAACGGCCACGAGGUGAUAGACUCGGCUCCAAUGUUGCGGCUCUCUCACAAGAUCGAAACCAUCAAACUAGUCAAUGAGCAGAUCAAGAGUCUUGACGGACCGCCGUCCGAUGCUCUGUUGAUGGCUGUGACUAUCCUUUCGGUCCAUGGUUCUCGAGACGAUGUUUUGUAUCCGAAGGCUCAUCCAAUAUCUCCUCUGGCCGAGGCACAGUUCCUCCGCAUCUAUGGAAGCAUGGUCAACGCCGAGGAGCAUGUCCAGGGUAUCAUGCUGCUGAUUGCGCAGAAAGGCGGACUCGACAGAAUUGAACUGUAUGGCUUGGCGGAUACCAUAGCAUUAGCCGAUCUGUAUUUCGCUUCGAAACAUGUACGCAGACCACUCUUCCCAUGGCGACGGCCCCAUGAGUCCCUCGUAAUCAGCGGAAAGCAUUUGCUCGAUCCAACUGCGAUGGACUUGGAUGCCAAACUCGGCAGGGGCUUCAGAUAUUUUCGGUCAACUUCGGCAGGUCGUCAACUACUCGGAACCCUAGAGUCCUUCUGUGAAGUCGUAACAGCAUUGGACCACCAUACGCGCAAAGGGCCGAGUGCGCCCGAACUUGUCGACAUCAUAGAAGCUCGAAAUUGCGCUCAGCACCGACUCGUUUCACAGCUGCCGGCGGAAGUUGAUAUGUCUGAAGCGGAUUGUUGCGUUCAUCAUGCAUCUCGGCUAGCAACUCUGAUCUUCAGUGAUAUGGUCAUUUUCCCGCUACCAGCCGCCCAGGGGGUGAAGAUGAGGCUCGCCCCAAUGCUGCAGCGGACCUUGGAGGCUUGUGACCGACUUGGCUGCUGGAGCUUGCAUGCUCCAGUGCUCCUGUGGGCGCUAACGCUCGGCGCCAUAGCCGCGAGCUUCCAAGAGGGACGAACGUGGUAUGUCAGCCAACUUGAGCUUCAUUUGUCGCUGUUCCAUGUAAAGCAAUGGUCGACGCUAGAGUCAAUUUGUUCGACUUUCCUGUGGUGGAACCCAGUAUGUGGUGAACCUGGUCAGACAUUAUGGGAUGAAAUAUUCCCGGACGGCAUUCAAGACACCUGA